CUCCUCUCCCUUGACGUCACUUCCUGCCUGGCUCCUUCCCUGUAGAAAAAGGCUCCCCCUUCAAGGACUGCAGCGUCAGUGGCCCUUUGUGGGAUGUGGUCGGUCUUUCCUUCUUCCUUGUGUAUUGGGGCGAAGGGGAGUCCCAGGGCCGCUGGGGAGGAGCCGCAAGGCAGGGCAGCGAGGAGGGGGAUUAGGAGAGCCCUUAAGGGGGAGCAGGUGCUCCAGAUUGCAGCCCCAGCCGGUGAAGGGAGAGGAAAGGCCUGAAGGCCCACGACAGCGAGGGAGACCCUCUCUCCUUAAGGAUGUGGCCUGUGUUCAGCUGACCGUUGCGGGAUCCCCCAUCACGAAAUGCCCUAAGAUCCUUCAACCUCCUUUCCACAACCAGAUCAAAGAUGGAACAGCAAAACUCAGUUGCUCCUGAAAUACGAAGAGGCCCUGAUGUCAUCAAGACUGAUACCCAUGGGGAAGAAUUCUCAGAAGGAAACAUGUGGAUGAUCUUGGGGGAGAACCCCCUCAGUUCAGAUGUGCAGCACCAGGACUUCCAGCAUUUCUGCUACCAGGAGGCUGAGGGGCCCCGAGAGGCUUGCAGCCGACUCCACCUUCUUUGCCGUGAGUGGCUGAAGCCAGAGCGACACUCAAAGAACCAGAUCCUGGACCUGGUGAUCCUGGAGCAGUUCCUGGCUGUCCUGCCCCCAGAGCUGGAGAGCUGGGUGAGGGAAUGUGGGGCCGAGACCAGUUCCCAGGCGGUGGCCCUGUGUGAAGGUUUCCUCCUGAGCCAGGCAGAGGACAAGAAGCAGGAAGAGCAGCAGGAACAGGGUCUCUGUGCAGAAAUAGGAACUGAUUUCCCUGAGACAGAGAUGACUCCAUCGGAUACCAGGCAGAGGCCGCUGGGUGAUGGAAUGAUGUCGGCAAGACCUGCUAAACCAUCUCCUCUUUGUGGCGGAGGAGAAGCUGUUGCUGUCUCACCAAAUGAGGGUCCCGUGUCCUUGGAGGAUGUGACUGUGUGUUUCACGGAAGAGGAGUGGGCUUUGCUGAAUCUUGACCAGAGAGCUCUGCAUAGUGAAGUCAUGGAGACGGUGACGAGUCAGAAGCCAAGAACAAGGGAGAAGUAUGUGGGAAAGUGGUGUGGUUAAGAGACAGAUCUGAAAAGAGCAAAGAGCAGAGAAUGAAAACUGAAGCAGAAGAGAAGAGGCAGACUAAAUCUUCUGCUUUUCAAAC